ACCGAGCGGAAGUAGACGGGAAAAAGCGCAGCAGGGUUAGCUCCAUGGAUGUUAGCAGUUAGCUGGGAGUCGUUGGUGCGGUUGUGUCGCAGGUUUGCGUUCAGGUUGUCCGCGACGCAGCGAUGUCUUCGGAGCAAGAGGACGAUCGUCAGCGCAGACUGCUGGGCAUCGUCAUGGAAGCUGAAAUCAAGCUUCACAGGAUCGAGCUCCCACAGCAGCAUGUAUGUAAGAAGGAGGAGGUUCUCACUGACCAGCAGCUCUGUCCCCAGGAGAGGAACUCCAGCCUGGAACAAGAACCUCCACAGAUUAAAGAGGAACAGGAGGAAAUUUGCACCAGUCAGGAGGGAGAGCAGUUCGUACUGAAGCAGGAGACUGAACCCUGCAUGUUGACUCCUCAUUGUGAGGAAAGGGUCCACAGAGAACCAGACGGAGAGCACCAGCUCCUCUCUCACAACUGUCCUGUAGCUGAGAGCCAAGAUCAGAACAGAAGAAAACAUGUGGAAUCAGGAUCAACAGGAAAUGAAGAAUCAAACCCACAGAAGAGUUUUCAUGAAAACAGGAGUCACAGUAGCAAUGUGGACAACUCUCCCAAAUCAGAGAUUAACUCUAAUACUCACACAGGUAAAAAGUCUGUCAAAUGUGACACUUGCAGAAAAACAUAUGUUAGUAGGUAUAAAUUGAAGAUUCAUCUGAGAACACACACAGGUGAAAAACCGUAUUUAUGCAAAAUAUGUAGGAAAGGAUUUGUACGGAGUGGUGAUUUGAAGGUUCAUAUGAGAAUGCACACAGGUGAGAAGCCAUACUGUUGCCAAACAUGUACAAAGUGUUUUGGGAAGAGUGAUCAUUUGAAAGUCCACAUGAGAAUUCACACUGGUGAGAAGCCAUAUUCUUGCCAAACAUGUGGGAAAAGGUUUGCACGUAGUGGUGAAUUGAGAGUCCACAUGAGAAUGCACACUGGUGAGAAGCCAUAUUGUUGCCAAAUAUGUGGAAAAUGUUUUGCAACUAGUAGCAGUUUGAAAGUCCACAUGAGGAGUCCGUCAUGGCAAUCCCACUCUACCAACGAGGAGCAAGACACAAAUUCUCUUACAGUAUUGUCACACUUUAAUGCUCAGAGCAUUGUGCAUACAACAAAGGUUAGUUUGUAAUAUGCACACUGAUGGGAAGCAGUUCUUUGUCUUCAUAUGUUUGGCUCACCCCUCCCACUCUGGUUUGGGUUGUUACAAAUCAAAGUUUGGGAUGUUCUGAUGAAAUCUAAACAACAAUGCCUUAGUUAAAGCAAUCAGGCAAAGAUUAAUUCGGUAGUACAAAAUACAGCAUGAUCAAGGUUACAUUGUAAGAUUCAAUCAUGAUCAAAGGUGAAAUAAACAUCAUAUUGUGGUUUAAUGUUACAUUUCCCUUACAAGUCACACAGGUGAGAAGCCGUAUUCUUGCCAAACAUGUACAAAACGUUUUGUAAGUAGGAGUAGAUUAAAAGCCCAUGUGAGGUUUCACACUGGUGAGAAGCCAUUUUCGUGCAAAAUAUGUCAGAAACGUUUUAUAAGGAGUUAUGAUUUGAAGGUUCAUAUGAGAAUGCACACUGGUGAUAACCCAUAUUAUUGCCAAAUAUUUGGUAAAUGUUUUGCAACUCGUGGCAGUUUGAAAGUACACAUGAGGAGUCAGACAGGUGAGAAGCAAUUUUCUUGUCAAAGAUGUGGGGAAAGUUAUCUACAUUGUGAUGCAUUGAAUGUUCACAUGAGAACUCAGAUUGGGGAGGAGCCUGCAACACGUGAUAAAAGCUCCUCUUAAUUUACACACAUGAAAAGUCAUUUAAAGAUUUAUACAGGUAAAAAUGUGUGUUUACAAAACAAGGAUGUAUAUAGGUUUAGUGUUGUUGAAGAUGAGAAAUUAUCUGAGGCUGUACAGCUAUCCUGCAACUACGGUCUUUUCACAAACGUCCUUUAAUUCACUAUUAUUUUUCUUUAUCCUAUUGAUAUAAUUUGUAUUUUUUUCAGUCUGCAGAGGAAAAACAAACUCAUGUAGUAGAUGUUCUAUGCUGCUUUAUCAAAUUUGCCACAUAAAUAAAUUUGUAUUUUGAUGACUAGAA